UUCUUUUAUGAUACCCGGAUGGUAUCAGGAUCACAUGUUUCAUCAAGAGCUUCUCAUAGCUCACAGCUCACAUGUGUGUGUAGUAGACAGUGGAUUGUAACCUCAAAUUCGGCAAAAUCUGAAAAAAGUAAAUAAAUGACAAUCGACUAAAAGUGAGUUAAUUAUUGUUGGACAAUAAUUUAAUUUGACAGGUUGAAUUGUGUUGACAUUAAAAAAUUGAGAUUAAAUUUUUACCUUCCAAGAAAGUCAUGUUCUAACCUUCCACCAAGAUGCUAUCACUACACCGACUGCUAACCCUCCAAAAGUUAUCCCCACUAUCCUCUCAAUUCUCCCGUAAGUUCCUCUCGGCAGCGUAUCCAUGCACCGAAGCAUGGAACCGUCGCCUAGAAUCUCCUCUUCUGAGCAAGAUAAACCCCCGAGACUUGUUCCUGGAGCUGGACAAAAAACUGUCUCCAUCCGGUAAAGUCUCAGCAGUGGACGUGGACCUCUUCGCGCACACCAUCAACGAGGAAGACGCGACCGAGGAGUUCAUGGACAUCCUCCACAGAUUCCGAAUGACAGCCGAGACAUCAAAAACCCUGGAGUCGACUCACCACGCGGUGAUCAGGUUCUUCCUGGACAACAACCACAUCGACGAGUUGCUGACAAUCCUGGAUGACAGACUCAACUACGGGAUUUUCCCGGACCACUUCUCUAUAAACUUGAUCCUGAACCAUCUGCUGAAGGUCCCGAACUACGUAGCAGCUGUAAAGGUCGCCUCCUUGCUGAUGCUCCAGGAGGACAAGGAAAAUCCGCUGUGCAACGCCCUAGCACUUUACUCCUGCGGAAAACUCUUCGAGGAAGGCUUUGACAAGUGGGAGCUUCCUCCAGAGCCUGUCGUGGACCCCAAAGAGGAGGUCGUCAAGAUCCGGGUCAGGUACCUCAGGAACCCCUACUUUGACGACCAUUUUGAUCUCAAGGACCCGAAGGCCAUCACCGGGAAGACGAUGGUCUUCUUCACGAAAAACAGAGACGACACUCUCGGGCGCAGUUGUCUCCUUCUCGGGUACGUGCUUUGGGGCAAGUACAAAAUGGCCGCCGAGUCUGUCGCGAAAUGGCGGGGCGUAGAUGGCGCUGUUUAUAAAGAGGUGUUGGAGAAGGUGGAGGAGGAGUUGAAGCUUCAGAAGGAGAAAUUUAAGGAAGGCGAGGAUUUGAAAGAUUUUGAGAAGCUCAGGGAAGAGGUUAAGAGCUUGAAGAGUCAAGAAAGAAGUUUGAUUAACAAAAUGGCGGCUGAAGUCAAAAUGGCGGUCGAGGAACAUGAACAGAAAAUGAUUCAGGAUCAGAUAGAGACCUUUAAAAAAUGGGAGGAGGUCCGUAUGGCUGAACUGCAUCGUCAAUUGGAUGAACUGGACAAGCAGGCAAGGAUGGAGAAGGUGAAGAAGAUGAAGGAAGAUAUGAAGCAAGAGGAGCGCUUGCUAACUUUUUUCGACCACGAGGAAGAAAUCGAGCUCAAGAUCGAGGACAAGCUCCAGCGAGAGCUCGAAAUGUACGGGCCUCCGUCCAAGAAAAAGAUCGACGAGGACGAAAACUACGUGCCUCCGGAAAUUAAGUCGCGUGCUGCUGGUAGAAGGCGCUAGAUUGUAUGAAUAAAGAUUAACACUUUUGUAAUUUAUAAAAUUAAUAAUAAUUGUUACAAUAAUUUUUAA